AUGGACGAGAAGCGGAUCGAGAAGGAGUUCCUGGCGGCCCGCCCGCCGCUGGCGUACGCCAAGCUUCAGGGUAUGAUCGACGAAGACCGGCCGUUCGAAGCCUUCAUCACGCAGCUGCCCGUCAAAUUUGGCCGUGGCGCGCAGGCAGGCCAUGCGAUUAGCCUCGGCGACCUCAUGUCCGUGUCUCGCCAGCAUGCGUCAAUCAACUGGAACGCGGAGCGCAGCUGCUUUGAGCUCACGUGCUUGGGGAAGAAUGGCAUGCACGCUGGCGGCAAGCGGAUCGAGCAAAAAGAGGUCGUCGUGCUCACGCCCAAGAUGCCACUGCGCAUUGGCGGCGCUCGCAUCUACUUUCUGCCCGCGGUCAAGCCCUCGACGUCAAUCAUGUCGGGUCUCAAGCUCAUCCAGAAGGCCUUUGAGAAAGCGAACCCAUCCAAGACCGUGGGUUUGAGCGUCGAGGAAGCGGUUGACGCCAUCUACAAUUGCUUCAAGGACAUUGAUUACGAGGUCGGCGGCCGGCAAAACCUGACCACGCUCGUCAAAUCCUACUUCGAGUGCCCCAACUCGACCUUCAAGCGAGUGAGCGUCUCGCCUGCUGGAGAGCUACGCUAUAUCCAUGUUCGGCCAGAAGGUGCAGACGAGCCCAAGAAGCGCCAAGGCACUGCGUCUGCCGAAAGCAAGAAGAAGCAAAAGGUCGCGACACAAGAGUCGCCAGCCACGACGGGGCUUGCGACGCCUGCCGAGCCGGCACCGUAG